AAAAUACAUAUUUAUAUGAAUAUAUUUUUUUAAUACAGCUCACAGUUAAUAACAAGGUCAGAUUUCAUCUUUGCAUAAUAUCUUUUUUGAGAAAGUUAUCGAAAGAUCUCCUUGUAAAUAUCUAUGAAGAACCACCUGAUAAAAAAUUUAGAUGUUAGCUAACAAAUUUCCUCAAUACAACACUGCUUAUCCAUCCUUAUCAAGUAUCAAGUGUGAAAUAAUAAUAUAACACAGUAUAGCAGCACUGUUACUGAGCGGAUCACAGUGUAAUUAUUAGUAAACUUUACCAGUACUCAAUAGGUAGUGUUCGUUCGGUUUCUGGUCAUUCCGGUUGUUAUUGUAAGGUAAUCAUUUUAGAAUGUCCGACGACGAUAAAUAUGUUAUCCACGGCGGUCCGUCUUCGGUACCCAUUCCCGAUGGAAUGUUAGGUGAAUUUAUUUAUAACUCGUUGCGAGAUGGAAACGGCAAAGAUGUCGCAAUGGUGGACGUCUUCACAGGAUGCACCCUAACGUACGAACAAUUGUUCCGGGACACCUGCAAUUUGGCCCAAGCCCUGCGUAAAUACGGCUGCAAACAGGGCACGGUGAUAUCAGUAUGCAGUGAAAACAGUUUAAGUUUCUUCGUACCGGUCAUAGCGACGCUAUACCUCGGAGCAACUGUUGCGCCCAUCAACCAUGCCUACACGGAGCACGAACUGCACCACGUGCUCAGCAUCAAUCAACCCAAAAUAAUAUUUUGCUCGUCGCUGAGCGUCCAAAAAUUUUUGACCCUUCAGAAACAGCUCAAAUUCAUCGAGAAAGUGGUGAUCAUGGGGGAAGGUACGAAUUCGUUCGGAGUGGAAAACAUUUCGAGAUUCGUGGGCGAGCAAUUGAACGGGAUCCUGUUGGAUCCGUGCGAGUUUAAAGUAUUCAAAGAAGCGGACCCGUCCGAUAAUGUCGCGUUUAUUUUGAGUUCCUCGGGAACUACAGGACUUCCUAAAGGUGUCAUGUCGACCGACAAAAACUUUCUGGUUAGGAUAGUUCACUCAAGAGAAGAAAAAAUCUCCUCGGCACCGCUAGUUGGAAACGUCUCGUUGGGUCUGAUGCCCUUUUUCCACGGUUUCGGGCUGAACGUAACGCUCGGGUCGAUUGUCAACAGGGAAAAGGUUGCGGUUUUCCAGAGAUUCGACGAGGACAUUUUCUUAAAAACCCUGCAGGAUUACAAAAUCAGCGCUAUAGGUGUAGCGCCCGUUUUAGCUGCGUUUCUAGCCAAGAGCCCCAAAGUCGACAAAUACGAUUUAUCUUCCCUACAAGAGAUUCUGUGCGGAGCUGCGCCCAUGUCUAAGGAGCUCGAGAAUGCUUUGAAAAAAAGGCUGAAGAUUUCGUCGACGAGGCAGGCGUACGGUCUCACAGAGUCCACGCUGGCGGUCACCAUGAUGAAGAGGGGCGACCCCCCGAAGCCGGGUUCCAGCGGCUCGGUGGUCUCGAACACCUCGAUCAAAGUGCGGGAUCCGGAGACCGGGAGAACCCUGGGGCCCAACCAAGUCGGCGAGAUUUGCCUGAAGGGGUUGCUGAUCAUGAAGGGUUACUACAGGAACCCGCAGGCGACGGCGGAGACCUUCACGGAGGACGGGUGGUUGAGAACCGGGGAUUUGGGGUACUACGAUGAGGAUGAGUUCUUCUUCAUCAUCGAUCGACUGAAGGAGCUUAUAAAGUACAAGGGUUUCCAGGUCGCUCCGGCUGAACUGGAGGCGAUCUUGUUGAACCACCCUAAAGUUUUGGAUGUGGGGGUGGUCGGGGCGCCGGACGAGAAUGUGGGAGAAUUGCCGGUGGCUUUCGUGGUGAAGAAACCCGGAAUGGAAGUUACCGAACAGGAGCUUAUAGAAACCGUAAACAAGAAAGUGUCUCCCCAUAAGAGGCUAAGGGGCGGCGUGGUGUUUGUAAAUGCUAUUCCGAAGAAUCCGAGCGGGAAAAUUUUAAGAAGGGAGUUGAGGAAAAUUAUUCCUCAUUCGAAGAUUAGGCGAGAAUCUAAAUUAUAAGAACUUAAAUUUUAAUAGGCUAGUCAACAAAUUUUUACUCAAAUUGAAAUAUAAAUUCGUAUUUUUACGACUAUUAUUUAGUAUUAUAUUUUAUCAUAUAAAUUGUAUCCG